AUGACACCCAGUCCUGGUGGAACCGGUAAAACAUUUUUACUAUCAUUGUUUUUGGCUGCUGUGAGAAUGAACAAAGACAUAGCGUUAGCGCUUGCAUCGUCUGGAAUUGCAGCAACAUUAUUGGAUGGUGGUCGAACAGCUCAUUCGGCUCUAAAAUUGCCUUUAAAUGUUCAUAUUUUGGAAUUGCCAACAUGUAACAUUUCAAAGAGAUCCGGAAUGGCAAAAGUAUUGCAGCAGUGUAAACUUAUUAUCUGGGACGAAUGUACCAUGGCGCACAAAAAAUCUUUAGAAGCAUUCAAUCGUACAUUACAAGAUUUGAGAGGUAAUAAUCGUCUUUUUGGUGGUGCAUUGGUGUUAUUUGCUGGAGAUUUCAGGCAAACACUCCCGGUUAUUCCUCGAUCUACUGCUGCUGACGAAUUAAAUGCUAGCUUGAAAUCUUCAACAUUGUGGAAGUAUGUGAAAACACUUUCUCUCAACGAAAAUGUAAGAGUGUUAUUGCAAAAUGAUCCAACAGCGGCAGAAUUUUCCAAGCAAUUAUUGAAAAUUGGAAAUGGUGAACUGCCUCUUGAUAUUGAUGGUCAAAUAACAUUCCCAAAUAAUUUUUGUUCGUUAUCAGAAUCGAAUGCUGCGCUAAUACAAAGUGUGUUUCCUAAUAUUGUAAAUAAUUAUCAAAACUAUGAUUGGUUAAGUCAAAGAUGUAUAUUGGCAUGUACAAAUAAGGAUGUUAUAAGUAUCAAUGAGGAAAUUCUGAACAAAAUACCAGGUGAAAUUGUAAUUUACAAAUCUAUCGAUACCGUCACGAAUCCGGAUGAAGUCGUAAACUAUCCAACUGAAUUUUUAAAUUCAUUGGAUCUACCAGGAAUUCCACCACAUUAUUUGAAAUUAAAAGUUGGUAUUCCAAUUAUUAUGCUGAGAAAUCUUAAUCAUCCAAGAUUAUGCAAUGGCACCAGAUUGGUAGUGAAACGUUUAAUGAAAAAUCUAAUAGAAGCAACAAUUUUAACUGGUAAAUUUAAGGGCGAACAUGUUUUAAUACCACGAAUACCAAUGAUUCCAUCUGAUUUGGCUUUUGAAUUUAAGCGUUUGCAGUUGCCUGUUCGUGUCGCUUUUGGUAUGACCGUUAAUAAAUCUCAAGGCCAAACCCUUGAAAUCUGUGGUAUACAUUUGGAACAUCCAGUUUUCUCCCAUGGUCAACUUUAUGUUGGUUGUUCACGUGUUGGAUUCAUUCAAUAG